UGCAGGUCGUCUGUCUAACUACUGCUGAGUUGAGGUGUUGUGGUGUACUUUGGGUGAAGAAAACUAUCACAUCUUAAUCGACUUGAGAGAAUGUCGACCGAUAACAUCCCUCUGCUAAGUGUUAGACCUGAGGAGGAGCUUUUUAUUGAAAUUCCUCGGGAUACAGGCGGCGCAACUGCCACUGUGUUACUGAAAAAUAUAGGAAAUUCUGAACUGUACUACAAGCUGGAGUCCAGUGAACCUCAGUUGUACUAUUUUCAGCCUAGUUAUGGCAGUCUCGGUGGGCAUCAACGAUGUAAAGUUGAUGUAUUUUUAUUGUCAUUCAGUGUUUACCCUCCGGAAAACAAAAACCACGAGCUAAUGAUUCAUAGCAUGCUAGCAGAUAGCGAGAAAAAUGAAGAUGUGCAUCAACUGUUGGAAUGCAUCAACCCAUCUAAAAUUCGGACACAGAGAUUAAAGUGCAUUCCGUGGGUGCGCGGAAUACCGGUCAUAGAACCGAAAGACGAGCUGGUAUUUGAAGGUUCAUUCACUCAACCGUUUUCUUCCAAAAUUUGGCUGUUUAACCCUUCACAAGACUACGUGAAAUUUAAUACAAAAAGCACGUCUUACAAUCUUACAAUCUUUCCUAAAGAUGGGACUAUACAUCAAAAUAGCAAGAGAGAAUUGCUUGUUAUUCGAAAAGCACUGCAAACAUGUGGUAUCAUUCCAACCAACGACACGAUUACAAUACAUACAGCAGUGUAUUUUAAGAAUAGUGUAUGUGUCCGUUUGAAUUCCAUGCGCAUAACACCAUUAUUGAUCCUGCUGCAGAGGUCCGAACCCAGGAGAAGGAACGCCAAAAUCAAGUGUGUGUACAACGUAUCGAAAACAGCAUCCUCCGUCACUGAUACCAAGUCAGUAAGUGAUGCUUUGUUGGAUCCUGAUUGAAACAAUCUCUUCUGAUGGGACGCCUAUAACUAUUGGACGCUCGCAUAUGAAGAACAGAAACUCGUUUAUUCUUCUGUCAUUCAAAACUUAUUUGUCGCAAUUGCUCGAAGUAAAGUUAAUGAGUCACAUCUGUUUGGAGGAUUAGCACAAAUGGUAACUAAUAAUUGCAUCCAACGUUCUUUGUACUGCAUUUCGAAUGCAACCACUUACAUUACAAAUCUUGGUCGUCUUAUUCA